CAACUUUUCCUCUUGUUGGCUGCUUUCCUUUGACAUUCCUCUUGCCUUCUUCAGCUUAUGACUUUUUCUUAACGCGAUUUUGCACAACUUGUACUCACUCUUGUACAAUAUAUCCCUUCUCUUACUUCAUUCAUUCCUAUUCACUCAAUUUCCUCAGAUAGAAAUCAAUACACAAGAUUGUUGUUUGUUCAAAGGUAUACAUAGAGAAAGUGUUGUUUUUUCAAAGGUACAUAGAGAGAGAUAGAAAAUGUUAGGUUCAAAGAAAUCUCCUUUGAAAGAUGCUAAACCCAGGUCUAAGCAUAAUCCCUUUGAUUCUGAUGAAGAGAAAAAGGAUAACAGAAAGAAUAUUUCUUCAAAGAAGAAUUCUUCUCAAUAUAACCUAGUUCAGAGAGAUACUAAUACCAACCCUUUUGAUGAUGUUGAUGCUCGUGGUCACUCUUCAUCGUCAUCUUAUGCCCCAUCGUAUGGUAAUCGAAACAUGUAUAAGAACGACUUCCGUGACUCUGGUGGAUUGCAGAGUCAAUCUGUGGAGGAUUUGGAGGAGUAUGCUGUUUACAAAGCUGAAGAGACGACAAAAUCGGUAAACAAUUGUCGGAAGAUAGCAGAGGAAAUGCGAGAAGAUGCUACCAAGACUUUGGUCAUGCUGCAUCAUCAGGGCGAGCAGAUUACUAGGAGUCACGAUAUUGCUGCUGGCAUUGACCAUAAUUUAAGCAGGGGAGAAAAACUAUUGGGAAGUCUUGGUGGCAUAUUCUCCAAAACAUGGAAACCAAAGAAGACGGGCACAAUAACAGGCCCUACAAUAUUUGGAGAUGAUCCAGUCCGAAAAAGCGCCAACCACUUGGAGCAACGAGAGAAGUUAGGAUUAAAUUCUGCUCCUAAAGGACAGUCAAAGCCAAGGAAAGCGCUUUCCGAGCCAACAAAUGCAUUUGAAAGAGUCGAGGUUGAGAAAGAGAAGCAAGAUGAUGCACUGUCAGAUAUAAGUGAUCUCUUGGGAGAACUGAAGGGCAUGGCCAUGGACAUGGGAACUGAAAUUGAGAGGCAAACCAAAGCUAUAGAUGGAUUUGAAAAAGAUACUGAGAAGUUGAAUAUCCGCAUGAAUGGCGCCAACCAACGUACUCUUCAUUUACUUAGAAAAUAGGGAUGCAGAUUGUUUCAUGAGAUUCAUUCCAACUUUUGCUUCUUUACAUUAUUCAAUAGGAGAUUUGAACUUUAUAUAAAACAAAACACCAGUUUCAGCUCUUCAGUAUGUAAUGUACAAUCCUCUUGUGAAAAUAAGUUAUUUCUUUGAAAUAUAUUGUAGAUUGAUAUGGAUUAUUUGUGAUUCAGACGUUGUCAAUAUCAUGCAUGAUUCAUGCUACACAUAUUAAUACCAUUAUUGUGGAUAUGAUUUAUAUCA